AUGUCCCUUUCAGCUCUGCCGGUCCAGGAGCUUUGGGACCGUAUUAUCGACUGCCUCCAUGACUCGCCUUGCUCUCUCCGAGCUUGUGCUCUCGCUUGUCGCGCCUUCACUUCGCGUGCACAGUCACUCAUAUUCCACACGAUUCACGCACCUGUGGACCCAAUUGACUGCGGCGCGUUUGAGGUAGAACGGAUUGACGAGCUCAAGGCGCGUUUAAAGCGCUUUCGAACACUUUCCUCCGUCUUGCUCACCUCACCAAAUACUGGUUUCCUCAUUUCGCGAGUGCAGCGACUGGAUAUUCAUACGAGUUCGCCACAGGUCAUAGCCGCACUCGCAGGCGUCCCAUGGUCCAAUGUGCUUACACUGCGCCUGAAGAACAUUCCCCAUCUCUCGGAUAUAGUCAAGCCCGUUCAGGACCUUGUCGCCAUUCCCUCUCUUCAACACCUCGAACUGCGAUUUGCGCCGACCGUAUACGGUGGCUACCUGUUAACUCCCUCGUCGUUCUCCACUAUACUCAGGGCAGUCAGAGAGGAACUGAGCAGCCUUAGUCUUGGCUUAUGCAACCCGUAUCCAUUCUCGCCCUCUUCCACCCUCAAUCGCGAUCUCCCCACCGUUUCGUGGCAAGGAAAUGGACAUGCCCGCAUCCGGACACUUCAGCUUGACCACUCCCCUGGAAUAAUCCCGUUGUUAUUUGCGCUUUCAUCUGGUCCAGCGCCAGUCCUCGAUCUCAGCUACGUCAAUACACUUCAUCUACAGCGCUCUUGGAAUCCUGUACUCCACGAGUUACUGCAGCGAUGCGGGCAAAAAGUUGAAACUCUGCACUUGGAUGCUUUCGACGAUAAAAUCACAACGCUCUCCUUUGACCAUUUCCCGAAUUUGUGUGAGGUCAUCUGUCCGAACGCUGCAGAUUGGACGCCAUCUUCUCAGUUAUUCAGAGGUUUGCCUAAACAUGUUCUCGUUCGAAAAUGA